AGGGUGGGGGAAUCAGAUCGAUAGCAGGCUGAGUUGCUUUGCCACUGUGUGCCAGCCACCUGCUGCCCCCAACCCAACAAGGGCAGGGGGCACAGCUGUAGACCUCUGUCCAUCUGGAAGAGCUAUCUUUCUUCCCUCUCGGCUCGGCUUCCUCAACAAUUAUUUCCUUCCCCCAUGUAUGACGACUCCUAUCUCCAUGGAUUCGAAGACUCUGAAGUGGGCUCUGCUGAUUCCUACACUAGCCGCCCAUCGUUGGAUUCCGACGUGUCGCUAGAAGAGGAACGUGAAGGGGUGAAGCGCGAAGUGGAGAACCAGACCCAGCAGCAGCUUGAAAAAGCCAAGAACAAACCAGUUGCAUUUGCUGUCCGUACUAAUGUCAGCUACUGUGGCGCAUUGGAUGAAGAAUGUCCUGUGCAGGGAUCUGCCAUCAACUUUGAAGCCAAAGACUUCUUGCAUAUUAAAGAGAAAUACAGCAAUGACUGGUGGAUCGGCCGGCUAGUGAAGGAAGGGGGAGACAUCGCCUUCAUCCCCAGCCCACAGAGGCUGGAGGCCAUACGGCUGAAACAGGAGCAGAAAGCCAGGCAAUCUGGGAAUCCUGCUGCCAGCAACAGGCGAUCGCCUCCCCCAUCAUUAGCCAAGCAGAAGCAAAAGCAGACAGAGCACAUCCCUCCAUAUGAUGUGGUUCCUUCCAUGCGGCCAGUGGUGCUGGUGGGACCUUCACUGAAAGGAUACGAGGUGACGGACAUGAUGCAGAAAGCUCUUUUUGAUUUCUUGAAGCACAGAUUUGAUGGCAGAAUCUCCAUCACGCGUGUUACGGCAGACCUGUCCCUGGCCAAGCGCUCGGUGCUCAACAAUCCUGGGAAACGGGCCAUCAUUGAGCGAUCUACAACCCGGUCUAGUAUCGCUGAAGUCCAGAGCGAGAUUGAGCGGAUCUUUGAAUUGGCCAAGACCUUGCAACUGGUAGUGCUGGAUGCAGACACCAUCAACCACCCAGCCCAGCUGGCCAAAACCUCUCUGGCUCCCAUCGUUGUCUAUGUCAAAGUUUCUUCCCCAAAGGUGUUGCAACGCCUUAUUAAAUCCAGAGGGAAAUCACAGGUGAAGCAUCUCAAUGUGCAAAUGAUGGCUGCUGACAAGCUUGUCCAGUGUCCUCCGGAACUCUUUGAUGUGAUCUUAGAUGAGAACCAGCUGGAGGAUGCUUGUGAACAUCUGGCUGAGUAUUUGGAGGUAUACUGGCGAGCAACCCACCACCCUGCACAAGGCCUUGGGAGCCAAAACCUCCUGACUCCUUCCACUGCCAUUUCUGGCCUGCAGAGCCAGGCCCCGAUGGGCGAGCAAGAGAGUGAGCGCUCCCCGGUGGAGCACGACAGCUUGAUGCAAUCUGACGAAGUGAGUGACGCCUCGCGCAAGACAUGGACGGCGUCCUCUCAGCGCAGCUCUCGGCACCUGGAGGAUGAAUACUCCGACGCCUACACUGACCUGUACCAGCCUCACCGCAACCACAACAGUGGCCUCCGCAGCACCAACGGCCAUGACUCGCAGGACCGUCUUCUGGAGCGCGACUCUGAGCACAAUCACAAUGACAGGAACUGGCAACGCAACCGGCCCUGGGCCAAAGAUAGUUAUUGAAACUUCCUGGCCAGGCCUCCAGGGACACAAGACACGGCUGCUACUGUCUUUGCCAUCUCCCAAACUGAGUUAAUUGCCUGAUCUCAAGCCUUUGUCUCUUUCCCUUUGUAGCUGAGCCCCACAGAGUGCAGGUCCUGCCCCAGUACACAGGUGCUAUCUAAGGAAGCCCAGACAUAGCCAUGGCUGCCUAAAAGAGGUUGGAUGAUUUGUCUGGCCCUCCUUCACUUUAGAUUAUGUAGGCCAUGAUAGUAUCUUUGCAGGGUAAACUUCACAUCCCAGUUCCGUUUUGGGAGGGGUGGGGAGGCUAGGAGCUGGAUUGGGCUUCUGCAUCUCAGAGGAAGAAAAUUUUUCCAAGAGAGAAGCUGGUUGUAGCUCCAAUUUUAACUGAGCAGGAGAUCAGAGCUGAAGAUUACAAGGGAGAAAGUAAGCCAGGCAUGUAGAGCCCUUAGGAUGAGUUUACUUCUUUCAAGCGGGAGACCCAGAGCCUCACUUUUUGCCUUGCUGUAAGGUUAGACCUGUGUGCACAUGUCCCGAGAUCUGUCCGGAAAUUGAGAUUGGUGUAGAUAACCAAGAUUGCUAAUUAUAAGAGUGAUACACUCUAGAAAUUGAUAUGAACAGCCAAUACUGAUUCAAUUACAGGGCGUGAUCUUCACGGCAUUGGCAGCCAUUUUGUGCAAAUGCUUUGGUGAAUCAUGUGCAAUAAGCAGCAGGUGACACUGAGACACAAUAUUUCAGCCUGCACAGAAAAAAUUAAUACAUCAGGAAAAAAGGUAGAAUUAAAAUGCUCCCUGACAUUGAAUGUUCUGCAUUCGGGGGAUUUAGUUUCAUUUAAAGUCGAUGAAUGAUGAAAGAUCAUUCAAGUAUGGCAGGAUGAUCUAAGAGAUUAUCGAUAAAUUACCUGCUGCUAAUUUGGAUAUAAUCCAAAUAUCACAAGGCCAAAAGAUAUCUAUGUAGCGGUGGCUUUUCUACAAGAAUAUAUAAAUGUUCAUGACUGUCACUGAGAGGGCUACACAGCUUCCAUCUUCUGUUGCCCUUGCAAUUAUUGAUUAGAUGGGUAGGGCCAGAUACAAAAGAAAAAAAAAUUGCUUCAGAUUUACCCAAGAUUUUCUUAGUUUUCAUAUUCUUUUAUGUAAUUCCCAUGACCUUGAAGCGAGUUAUUGAUUCUAAGGAAGCUGAGAUGCAAACUGUACUGUGCACUAUUAGCACAUGUAAAGUAAAGCCUCAAGGAUCAUUUGGUAGAAUAGCAGCAGGAGAGAGGUUUAACCCUUUCCAUCCUAGCUCCAAAGUAUUCUGUGUCCAACAUAUCCCAGCCAACUGGCUGCCUUUUCUAGAUGGAGUUGUAGAUUCAAAAGUGUGAGGGGGGGGGGAGUCUUCAGCAGAGAAAGUUAUUUUGCACAAAAAAUAGCCGGUGGAGAAAGGUUUAAUUAGGCCUUUCCUGACUCUUGCUGGCCAUCUAUUCCAAAUCUACUUCAUCCCCAAGUAGAGUGAAAGCCUUGAAACCCUUAUUUCCUUGGAACCCCACAACCCCAACGCUCAGUCUUGUUCCUCUUGUCCUGCUAGGUCAUCCUCCUGCACAGUCACUUCUGUUAGAGGACUAGUGGGAAGACAUUUUUUAAAGCCACAGUAUGAGAUGCUUGAGUUUGUAUCCUCCUCACUUGCUCCAAAAUUCCUUGCUAAUUGCAUGCAACCUUGAUCUGCCACAUUCCACUUGUGUUGCGGGAAGUGGGAGGAAGAUGAGGUGCCGAGUAAUCGGUGCGUCCUGCUUUUUCAUGGUGACUCCUACCCUCAGCACUUUGGGACUUCCAUCUUGUGGAAGUGGCCCAGGGCUAUAGACAUCCUACUUCCUGCUUUUUCUAAUGCGCAAACCCUGCUCUUCCAUUCUCCCUCUUCCAUUCUCGGGGCAGUGGGUGGCAGCCCCUUCUUUUCAAAAGCACGUACAGCUACCAGAAAUCAGCCUGUAAAUAUUGCCCACUAGCAUUGGGAGUUGUGUUGAGUGUGUGUUGUACCCCUGGAUGGUCCAGAGCCGAAGGGGAAAUGCUCUUCCCCUCUUUUGUGGCUUAGGUGGCUUGAGGACGGGGAAAUGUUUCUAUCCCUGCGGUAGUGGUUGUUUGAUGGGCUGCUGCAACAGCUUUGUUACUCUUCUUUUGUAGAGAGCACUUAUUUCCCCCAAAACUUGUAAGCCUGUUUGAAACAACAAGCGUUUGCUAUUUAUAACAUGUGGCUGAGUGGUUGUUAUUUUGAGUACAGCUGCGAGGACAUUGGAAUGGAGGGUUUGAAGGACAGAAUUCAAGAUGGGUGUUUUUGGCUGGUGUUCAUAACACCCUUCCCUGAUGCAACACUAAACCCAGCAUGAUUCUUGAGCCAAAGAUUGGGAUGAAGAGAUAUCCCAUGACCUGACUGUUCAGAAUUGAUCUAUCACAAUUUUCAAUUGGUUCUAGAGCUACUCUCUUCUGAGGUAGGAGUAAAGCUUGGACUCCUCUAAUUUGUAGGACCUUAGGCUACAGUUGCCAGAGUUCCUUGGGGAAAAUAUAUGGCAAUUAUAUGGGAUACAUAAGCCACACAUUAGCAGUAUAAUUAAUUGUCUCAAGAGUUCAGGCACAAGCAGCUUUCAUGUUAAAGCGGCAAAGGUUCAAAUACAGUAGCCAGAAUAAACAAGGCCCUCUUAGUUCAAAUGGCAUUUGUGCAAAGGAAAGUAAAAAGCAGGGAGGUCAAUGAAUGGGUUGCAGUCAAGUUCGUGAUUGAUUUACCCAUCAAUUGCAUUCAACCUAGGAAAGGUGCGGAUUGAGUGGCAUCUAACCUUCCUCAGAUAAUAACCGAAACACUGAAAUUGCCUUUUAAUUAAAAUGUCAGAAGUCUGCCUAUUAACUGAUACUCACCUAAAUGCACGUUAACACACCAUUUAAGUAGCAUUUCUGCUUGCUCCCUAUGCAUCAAUUCUGACUUUCAGUUAUAUUAGAACAAACAUAGCCUAGCAUCAAUCUUUCUCUAGCUGUCCGUCAGAGGGCUUCUUCCCAUUCACAAAAUGCAUUUUGAUGAUUCUCACUUUGAAAAUUAUUGUUUUGAGGAGUGGGUACCUAUAGAAUGGCUCACAGUUUCUGGCUUUCAAAUGUUUUAAAAAGGCUAUGGUCUGGAAAUCUUACCUUGUCCCAAUACAAGUUAGUCUGUAAAGCCAUACUUUUGCAGAAAUUUCAAAUUUGGUUAAAAUUUGUGUGUGUGUGUGUAUGAAUUGCCUUUAAAGUACAAACCUAAACAACAGUAUUUAGUAGAACCCAUCAGUUGCAACAAGCUCAUUUUAGACUGUACUGUUGCUUAACAAAUAUCUCUUUGCCAUCAUCCUAUUCUAGUUCUAGUCCUGCCAUAGCCAUGGAAGCCAAUUGGGUGAUCUUGGGACAGUCAUUGUCUCUCAACCCAACCCACCUCACAGGGUUGUUGUUGUGGGGAAAAUAGGAGGAGGAAGGUGUGUUGAAGAUGUUUGCCGUCUUUGAGUUAUUUGUAAAAAUAAUAAAGUUGGGAUAUAACCAAUUAAAUAAAUAAUAUUGGGGAUGAAAA